AAUACUCGUGCGUUUGUUUAUAUUGAAGUAUUGCAUUCUGAAUCGUACUUGCCUUUGCCUACAUUAGGUAUUGAACGAAAAUGGUUUAAAAUCCUCUUUGGUCUUUGCUUGCAUAUAUUUCCCAUCAAACAUCAGAUCAUUAUCCUAUCCUUUCCUUCAUUUGUACUCUGCACUCUGCACAAGCUCCUGCAUACAAUACUACACCACAUUGGCAGGGACAAAGAAUUAGAACGCUCGUCCCCGCUUCGUUUACGACAUCAUUCCUCCAAUACUUUCACCCAUAAAGCCUCACUUCCUCCCCGGUUUAUUUCGAAAUUAACUUACAAUGUCCUCGUAGCCAGACGACAAGGAGCAGAACCAAAGGCUCCAUUCACACACCAUUCAUCAUGCCCAUUUUUCAAGAUGACCUCGGCGACGGCCGAGAGAUAUUACCCAUUCAAAAAUCGAAAAUGUCACCUCCCUCUAUGACGCCACCGUGGAAAAGAACGAUUAUGAGGAAAGAUAGCGAGGAAAGCAUUAGGACAGAUUUAUGUGAAGGCCCUGUGCCAGACACUCCGGAGGAAUCAAAACAUACACCGAGUUUGGGGUUGGAUCCAAGCUUCAAUUUAUACAAUGGCACAUCAGAUAGAGGCGAGUUUAUGGGGAGGUUGAAAAGGGGCGAAAGUCCGAAUUGGUUACCGAAUUACAAUGUAUGUGAAUCAUCAAACGCUGGUUCUUGCCAUGUUGUAUUGACGGUGAAUACAGUUUGAGUCCCUACUUCGUAGCCAGAGCGCGAAAACUCCCCCUCGAAAGACUUCCUCGAAUCAAACAAAAUCACCUCCUCUAUUGCCAUCUGCCGAAAUAUCCAAUAUUGUGAGACCAUCUUCGGUAGAUAAACAGAGAUCUCAAGCUGGUCUAGAAAUUGAACGACCAAGAUCCGCUUUACACAGUGGGGAUUUUACGGAUGGGCCACAACACAUAUCUGGUGGUUUAGGGCAGGAUAUAAAGAAUUUUGGUACAGGAAAUUUACCAUGGCUUGCUACAUCUCCUCCGCGAAACUUUACUCCUUUUCAACUCGAUCCUCGGUUUCCAUCGGUGGAUAGACUCGAACCAGAUCUGAGGUCAAGGACUCGCGCUCCAUCAUUGUCCUCCUCACUCUCUUCGAGCUUUGUACUCAAAGCACCAACAAGUCCUUUAGUACAAUCAGAGAGUAACGACGAUUUAGAAUUUAGUUCGCAUUUAAAUCCAAUAGACAUCAGUCCUGGGACACCCAGAACUAAUUCAAGAUGUCAUACUUCACAAGUUUCACAUUCAAUACGUUCAAAUCCCUCUAUACCGACGUCCGCUUCAUUUAACAAACCUUUACCGAGUCUCAGGAGAGAUAAUUCAUACCCUUACCAAGCCCAUCAACCCAGGAAAUCCGUCGCUUCUAACACGGUGCCACACUCGACUUCUUCCCCACAAACACCAGUUUUCUCCCGGUCAAGGAGACCUUCAUUUUCUGACGUAUCACCUUUGCAUGCUUCAAUGGUCGGUUCAUACGAAGAGAGUAUUCUCCGGGGGCGAAUGUCCACUACGCCUUCAAAGCCACUUGACUUUGUUGCUCAGAUAGGGGUGCUGGGUUUCGGAAAAUGCAAAUCGAGCCUGAAAUGUCCAGCCCAUGUGACCUUGCCCUUUCCAGCAGUAUUUUAUGACUAUGAGUCCACGAAUCAUGGUCGAAGAGGAAAGUCUGAAGAUGGGCCUAGUCCGUACGUUGGUUGUAUUGAUCUAGAAAAUGGGCUACCUAGUCCUGAAAAGGCGAAGGAUAAUCAAAAGAGGAGGAGAAAUGCCACCCUGGAUCGAACACAUAUGGAUGAUUUUGAGCCCGACCCUCAAAAUUCAGGACAAGUCUCGGAACGAGAAUUACGUAGGGCAGAAAAACAAAAACGUCGAUCAACUUCCCCGCGGGCACCGCCGGGUGGUAGCUACCGUAUCCCCGAAAAGGGCCAAUUACAAAUAAUCAUCAAGAAUCCUAACAAAACAGCUGUCAAACUGUUUCUCGUCCCAUAUGAUCUUAAGGGUAUGGAACCGGGCACGAAGACGUUCAUUCGUCAGCGUAGCUACUCUGCUGGGCCAAUAAUUGAUUCGGCACUUUCCUCCUCGUCUCAUUUAUUAGCACCGACCAUCGAUCCACUCGCUGAAAGAUCCACCCUCCGCUAUCUCGUCCAUAUUCAUAUUUGUUCUCCAACUCGAGGUCGCUACUAUCUUUACAAAAGUAUCCGUGUCGUCUUCGCCAACCGUGUGCCGGAUGGCAAAGAAAAAUUACGUAAUGAAAUCACAUUCCCAGAACCGAGAUUUACUACUUACAAGGCAGUACGGGAUUCGAAUUUUGGGGCUGCGGGCGCGGUAUUGGCAGCGGAGAAGGCAUUUCGAAGGAGGAGCUCGGGUUUUCCUCUGGGUGGAAAUAAGAAUUUUGAUUUUGGGGACGAUGAUGGUGGAUCGAGAGGAGUGGUGAAUCCUAUUCCUUUUCAGUUCCCUUCAAGGAGGGUUACGAUGGACAUGGAGAGAAACCUUGGCCCGCUAGAUUUAGAGUCGGGGCAAUCAUCAAAAUCUUCAGAGACUCUGAGACCAGGCACAGCGUUUGGGGAGAUAGCAAUGGGUGGAAUGGAUGUGGGUGCUGGUAUGGGUUCCUAUGAUAAGUUGAGUGAAGGAGAUCCGGGUUACGGUCGUAAUGCAUACUCGUCUGCAAGAGUAAAUAGUUCUGGUAGAGAGGGGAGGCAAUCUCCAGCUGAAGGUUUGUUGGCAACGAGAUUGAGGGAGUUGGGCGUAGGGUUAUCGAUAAAGAUGAAUGGAGGGGAUGGAGGGAAAGCGGGACCUGGAAGAAAGGAUAUGAAUGGUGGUUUGAUUUGAACCAUUAGGCAUAUGGAAAUUGGUGGCAUCUUGUGAUUUCAUGUCAUAUAAACCAGGUAUUGGUUUGAGCUUGGCUCGGCUUGGCUUUAUCUUUUGGAUAUUAUUAUAUAUCAGCAUGGCAGCAUUGCAUAGGAGUGAAAUAGGAAUCGUUUGGUAUGGUAUGGUAUAGCCUGGUUUUUUGGCUGGAUCGGAUAGGAUCGGAUGGAUGGGUUAGGAUAGAAUAUAACUUUGAAUUAUGGGUGGAUAUCCUGGUAGAUAGAUUACAUCUCGGAUGUUCAUUUCUUCUUUAUAUUACUUGAGUAAAAUAGUGUAGCGUAGCGUAUAUCGAAU